AUGCAGUCACAAAAUCAUUUCAAGUUCAAUGAGGGUGUGUUGUACGUUGUAUGUACCGAGGGCGCGGGCCCGGGCCCCGGGGGCGGAGGCCGUGUCUCAGGCCCGCGCUGGGCCCGCAGUCAGUUGUGUCGCGACGCUCGCGCCUCACGGUCCCCGGCGACGGUCAUUCACGAACACACGAUGCCAGCCAACGUAUCGGAGUCUCGUAGCGGCGUGUCGUCGUUCCUGUCCCGCUGGUGGCGCGCGCUGCUGUCCGAGCUGGUGUCCACGGCGCUGCUGGUGCUGCUCGGCGUCGCGUCCCUGCUGCCUGUGGACGGCGCGCCGGCUCCUCUCACUCACCCGGCGCUGGCCUUCGGGUGUGUGGUGGUCGCCAACGUGGAGGCGUUCGGUCCGUCGUCAGGCGCGCACAUGAACCCCGCCGUCACCCUCGCCGCCCUGCUGGACCGCCGGCUGGCCCCGCUGCCGGCUCUCUGUUACGUGCUCGUCCAACUGCUCGGCGCCACGCUGGGCUUCGCGCUGCUGAUGGCCCUGACGCCUGACACCUUCGUGGGUGACGUCAUCGUGGGUGGUAACGCCCCGGGCAGCGUGGGCCCGGUGGCAGCGGCCGCCGUGGAGGCUCUGCUGACCGGGGUGCUCGCGCUCCUGUGCUGCGGCGUGUGGAGGGCGCACGAACAGGGCAAGGAGGACCCUGCUGUCUCCAUAAAGUUCGGGCUGACCAUCGCCGGUCUCAUCUACGCUGGAGGUGUAAUGUCAAGUGCGUGUCUGAACCCCGCUCGCAGCUUCGCCCCCGCCGUCCUCCAAGGGUUCCGUUCGGAUCAUUGGGUGUACUGGGUUGGUCCCCUAGGAGGGUCGGCGCUGGCUACUCUCCUUCAUCGCUACGCCCUGCGUCCGCCACCGCUCGCGCCCCUCGCCCAGCCUGAGGAACUGCCGCUCAACGAUAAACCUUAG